UAACUAGUCUCGACAAGUUUGAUACGGAUCAAGUCUUUGUUGGUUUAUACGAAAUGUGUUUGCUGCUCGGUGCAACCGGUGUUGGAAAAACUCUUCUCUUGAAACGUUUACAGAAGCUCAGUGUGAGAGAUGGCACAACUGAUUUAGGGGAACCCCCUGUUACUCUACCUACGGUGGGCACCAACCUGACAGACCUGACUCUGAAGAGGAAGAGGGUGACUGUGAGAGAGCUGGGAGGCUGUAUGAGUCCUAUCUGGCCCAGUUACUAUACGGACUGCUCCUCUGUCAUCUUCAUGGUGGACUCUGCUAACACCACCCAGAUAUCGUCGUCCUGUAUCCAGCUCCUGUCUGUCCUCUCUGCUGAACCUCUCCACACAGCCUCUGUCCUGGUUAUCUUCAACAAGAGGGACCUCCCUUGUACCAUGAGUCUCGUAGAGAUGAUGUCACUGUUCAGGAUGGAUGACAUCAUCGCCUCUGCCACCCAGCCAAUCACGACCCUGGAACUGAGCGCUCGUUCCGGCCAGGGGCUCCAGGAGGUGUUGGGCUGGCUGGACUCCACCCUAACUGACUGACAGAGUGAUGUCAUAGAAGCAUCUUCCUUCCAGGAAGUAGUUCCUCAUUGCUGGUGCUUUCAAGACAACUGGGAACUCUGGGAAAAAUAAGAGGACAAAUCAUGAUGUCACUGAUUUUCAGGUCAGAAAGUUGGUGCUGUAGGAGGCCCGAGUUCCCGAGUUGGAAUUUCAAGUUGGAUGACCGUUAAAAAAAAUAACAGUUAUCUUGAACGGACUGAAGUCAGAGAUUUCUGAGUUCCCAGUUAUCUUGAAUGCGGCAUAAGUGACGUCAUUGUCACGGAACUUGGAAUGAUGUCACCGCCAACUGGAAAGUGAGGGUGUUGUAUCUCACGCCGUCACACAUGAAUCCUGUUGGCAAGAAGAUGUCCUCAUCCUCGAUCUCAGCACACCAAGAAUGAUGCUGUCAUUCACAUGGCAUCACGUCUUAUUGAGGAGGCCUGAUAUGAAUGCUUUUAUGGCUGGAAUAUCAUGUCUGUAUUUAUUGUCAGCAUUCUGUAUAGAGUAUCUGUAUAGAUACUGUAUCAACCAGCAGUUGUGUUAUACAAUUUGGUUAAAGUAUUUCCAAACAGGGAAAUGCAUAAUCAUGUGUGGAGUAGUGUCCUCGAUGUAGCCUAACUAUACUGGAGUAGUGUCCCCGAUGUAGCCUAACUAUACUGGAGUAGUGUCCUCGAUGUAGCCUAACUAUACUGGAGUAGUGUCCUCGAUGUAGCCUAACUAUACUGGAGUAGUGUCCCCGAUGUAGCCUAACUAUACUGGAGUAGUGUCCCCGAUGUACCCUAACUAUACUGGAGUAGUGUCCUCGAUGUAGCCUAACUAUACUGGAGUAGUGUCCUCGAUGUAGCCUAACUAUACUGGAGUAGUGUCCUCAAUGUAGCCUAACUAUGCUGGAGUAGUGUCCUCGAUGUAGCCUAACUAUGCUGGAGUAGUGUCCUCAAUGUAGCCUAACUAUGCUGGAGUAGUGUCCUCGAUGUAGCCUAACUAUGCUGGAGUAGUGUCCUCAAUGUAGCCUAACUAUACUGGAGUAGUGUCCUCAAUGUAGCCUAACUAUACUGGAGUAGUGUCCCCGAUGUACCCUAACUAUACUGGAGUAGUGUCCCCGAUGUAGCCUAACUAUACUGGAGUAGUGUCCCCGAUGUAGCCUAACUAUACUGGAGUAGUGUCCCCGAUGUAGCCUAACUAUACUGGAGUAGUGUCCCCGAUGUAGCCUAACUAUACUGGAGUAGUGUCCCCGAUGUAGCCUAACUAUACUGGAGUAGUGUCCCCGAUGUAGCCUAACUAUACUGGAGUAGUGUCCUCGAUGUAGCCUAACUAUACUGGAGUAGUGUCCUCAAUGUAGCCUAACUAUACUGGAGUAGUGUCCUCAAUGUAGCCUAACUAUACUGGAGUAGUGUCCCCGAUGUACCCUAACUAUACUGGAGUAGUGUCCCCGAUGUAGCCUAACUAUACUGGAGUAGUG